AUGACAUCUUAUAAUCAAUCGGAAGUUGACCGACUCAAAGCUGACAUUCACCAUGAAGAACAAAUCAAAUCAUCUCUCGAACAAUCCUGUCAAGAAUUACAAAGUACAGCUGUAGAAUUGGAAAAACGCUUGAAAAUGAUCGAUGAAGAAAUGAAUACUCAUGCAGAUGUACGCGGUUUUGCAGAAGGUAACGAAUGGAAGACCCGAUUUGAAAAUCAAGAGGAAAUCAAUCGACAUUUGACAAGACAAAUCGUUUUACUCGACAAGAGCAUCGAUCAAGCCAAAGAAGAACUCAAAGCGGCGAAGACACGUGCAUUAAAAGUUGAUCCGAGUGAAGUCAGUCAAGAUGUACUCAAAAGUGUAGAAAAUGAAAAGAAGAGUUUGUUGAGUCAAUUGCGCGAUUAUGAAUGGCGAUUAGAACAAGAAAAUAAGGCUUACCAUCGAGCAACUGACGAACGGAAAAUUUUAACAAACGAAAUAACGGAUGUUCGAAAUGCGAUAUCAUCGAUUAAAGAACGAACACAUGCAGCGGAUCAUCUGAAAAGCGAUCGUGGUGGACAAAUGUCAUUUCGCGAACCGAACAUAACUACUCCGAUCGAGCGGCGUGCUCCUGAAAUGAGAAAAGUUCCAACAACGAAUCGAAAUCCAGUAUCACGUUCUCUUCCUAAAUUGGAUAAACAAUAA